CAUAUGUACCUGCAUGUUUUACUAUUAACUAUGCCAUUUAACACUUUAUCAAAGACUUAUUUAGACACACUAGGAACACCCCUGCCCCAAUGAGCACUUCCCUCACAGAGCGCGAAAUAAACACAGAUAAUCAUUCUCAGCCCUGCAUCCCCGUUUGCUUCCCACGUUCCCGGAAGACACAUGCAACAGUUCGCAGAUGUCUCCGUGUCGGAGUGGCAUAAGCCAAGUCCGAAGGAGAAGGAUCUCAAGUGCCACCAGUAUCGACUCGGAGAUGAGCCCAAGUGCCGAGGCAAAGGUCCUGGUUAUCAACACUGGAGGGACUAUUGGAAUGAUGACCCAUAAUAACGUCUUAUGUCCAGAACCCAAUGCGUUUUUGAGGACCCUGAAGACUCUGCCACACUUGCACGAUGAGCUGUAUGCUCAGCACACCAAUCUCUAUGACUACCACGGACCUGCUGAAAACACCCUGGUCCUCCCGCUCUCCAAGCAGAAGAAGAGGAUCGUUUACACCGUGAUGGAGUACUGCCCCUUACUCGACUCCUGCAACAUGACCACUGAUGACUGGGCCACCAUUGCCAAAGAUAUUGAGAAACACUAUGAGAAGUUUGAUGGCUUUGUGAUCCUGCAUGGCACCGACACUAUGGCCUAUACGGCGUCAGCUCUGUCCUUCAUGUGUGAGAACCUGGGCAAGCCCGUCAUCCUCACCGGCUCACAGGUUCCCAUAUAUGAGAUGAGAAAUGAUGGCAGAGACAACCUGAUGGGAGCCCUUUUGAUUGCAGGGCACUUUGUUAUCCCUGAGGUGUGUCUAUACUUCCACCACAAGCUGUACAGAGGAAACCGCGUCACAAAAGUGGACACAGAGAGUUUUAACGCUUUCAACUCACCAAAUCUUGCCCCAUUGGCCAAUGCGGAAGUAGACAUUAAAAUCAACUGGGACACUGUCUGGCGGGCGAACACUACAGCCAGGUUCACUGUCAACACAGAGAUGAAUCGUAAUGUUGGCCUCUUGCGUCUGUUUCCUGGCAUCACUGCGGAGACGGUCAGAGCUUUCCUGCAGGCCCCUAUGGAAGGCAUCGUACUGGAGACCUACGGAAGUGGCAAUGCUCCAGACAAUCGCACGGACUUGUUGUCAGAGUUCCACAAAGCCACAGAGAGGGGAGUGAUCAUCAUCAACUGCACCCAGUGCCUCAGGGGCUCUGUGAAGACAUCAUAUGCAACAGGGAAGGCCCUUAGUGAUGCUGGUCUGGUAGCUGGUUGUGACAUGACGCCCGAGGCCGCUCUGUCCAAACUCUCUUAUGUGCUGGCAAAGAAGGAGAUGUCUCAGCAAGACAAGAAGAAGAUGCUGAGCCGAAACCUACGCGGUGAAAUGAUCGCUGACCUGCAAGGAGCCAAGCUUAGCCUUACUGACAGUCGUUUCAUCCAAGUCAUUGCUAAGUCCCUUAGCAUCAGCUGCAAAGAGGAGCUGGAAGCUAUUCGUGAUGCCCUUACCCCUACCCUGGCUUGUGCUGCUGCUAAGAUCGGAGACAUUGAAGCUCUGGAUGCCAUUAGGGAAAUGGGCAGCAGCCUAAGCAUGGAGGACUAUGAUGGCCGCACACCACUACACAUUGCUUCCUGUGAGGGUCAUCUCCAAGUAGUGCAGUAUCUUCUUGGCCAUGGCGCUACGGUCUAUGCCAAGGAUCGUUAUGGUGAUACGCCAUUACGCAAUGCUGUGCGCUUCAGACAUAAAGACAUUGUGAAACUCUUGAGGAAAACUGGUGCACAUCUCUCCCAGAAUGAGCUUGAGGAUGCAGGAACAGAGCUGUGCAGUCUUGCAGCAAGCUCAGACAUUGAGGGUCUAGAUAUCUGGGCUCUGGCUGGGGCGGACCUAAACAUCCCUAGCUAUGACGGACAGACACCGAUUGAUGUGGCUUUGUCAGCUGGAAAUCAAGAGGUGAUCGAUUUUCUUCAGCAGAUUGAUAACUUAAAAACUCAGGAAUCUUCUCCUCAGGAUGAAGAGUUCCUUGAGUUCACUGUCCGUUCAGAGUCAUAAGGACUGCUCCGAAGCACAACUGUCUUCCUCUCCUCUGGAUUGCCAGUGCUGUCAGUUAACUAAAUAAUCUGCUUCCAGCCAGACAGCCUGUAGUCAUCUCCAAUAAAUAAUAUUAUAUAAUUUAAACAGUGAAUAUGUUUGAACAACCAGCAUGUAUCUGCAUAUGCAACCAUGGCUGGGUUUGUCACUCACAAUCCAGUCUGUCAUCAUAUGUAUGAUUUUCUGUGUAUUGAUAACAGCUAUUGGUAAAGUAGCAAUAGACUGUUACAUCCGCAAUAUCGUUCUCAGGUAAACUGGACAAAAGCAUUAUCUAUUAUUCUACCUAAAGUGUAUCCCCACCAAUCAAUGUAGAGGUGAUUUAGUAUUAAGGCUAUUACUUAUCACAGUUUUUGGAAAUCAAGACAUGUCUACAGGAGUUCUUCACCAAAUGUGACCUCUGUCCGUCCACUGCAUAUAGCAGCCUGUCUCACUGUGUGAAUGUCCUAUGCUGUGAGUACGCAUCUUCUGUGUGUCUGCAUAUAGCAGUCCGUCCCUCUGUAGGAAGGUUCCUAUGCUGCUGUGUGUAAGCAUCUUCUGUGUGUCUGCAUAUAGCAGUCCGUCCCUCUGUAGGAAGGUUCCUAUGCUGCUGUGAGUAAGCAUCUUCUGUGUGUCUACAUAUGGCAUCCCGUCUCUCUGUAGGAAUGUUCCUAUGCUGUGUGUGUAAGCAUCUUCUGUGUGUCUACAUAUGGCAUCCCGUCUCUCUGUAGGAAUGUUCCUAUGCUGUGUGUGUAAGCAUCUUCUGUGUGUCUGCAUAUGGCAUCCCGUCUCUCUGUAGGAAUGUUCCUAUGCUGUGUGUGUAAGCAUCUUCUGUGUGUUGACUAUUUCUUGAUAUCCCAGUGUGCUGUUUUAGUUUUUUAGUGAUUUGUCAAUAUCAUGACCAUUCAGAGUUAAUGUGAAAGAGACCGUUGUAUUCAAUAUGAGACUAAUAAAGCAAUAUUCAUUUGCAAAA